GAGGUGUAAAUGUCACUUGCAUACUUUUUCAUAAGACUGAUGAAUUUAUGUUUAGGUGUGAAUAUAAAAAGAUUUUGCUAGACCUAAUGUAGUGUAUUGAUUGGUGAAAAAAUAGAUACAUCUUUUGUAUUUUUCUAUACAAGUAAGAAAUAUGAAGCUAGUUUAAAAGAAUAAUUCACCGUAUGCAAGUAGCGAGACUAUUUUGACCAGCCAUUUUGUUUGCAAGCAAGCAAUAGCAAUCAACUUUCGCUCCUACGUGAGGAAAAAAAAAAUCACGAAAGCUAUUUGUCGUGUGCAAGUGAAUGUUCAUGAGAAAGACCAGGUCCUCGCUAUUGCAUCUUGACAUAGAACGUUGCGUCCAAGAAGAGCAAUCGAGCAUCGUUAUGGCUGGAGAAAGCUGGAAGCGUCCGGCACUGGAGAUUCUCCUGAAAUUGUAUAAGGAGCAUCCGAUACUGUAUGAUAUGCGUCAUCCGAAAUACUACAAUAAAAAUGAGCGUCAGAAGACAUUGAUGAGAAUAAUUGACUUAUUGGAGGAUCAUCGUCCCGGAACCACCAUGAACGAUAUCCUCAAAAAGAUCCAAACAAUGCGUACUCAGUUUGGCCAGGAGCUGAAUAAAUUUCGAAAGACACACAAGACGGGUGGCGAAUAUACGCCAACCGUUUGGUGGUAUAACUAUUUAUCCUUUUUGCGAUCACAUAUUAAGCCUAGGUCCGCGAUGACCGAUGAUAAGGAUUAUGAAGAAGAUUAUAACUCAUCUGCCACACAUAAUUCGGAUGGAGAAUACGAAUACACAGCGGAUGAAUCAUAUGUGGUCGACAAUGAAGGCUCUUCUGAAGUUGUCUAUGAAAUUCAAAGUACAGAGGAGAGAGAUACUAAAGCAGAUUUCGGCGGAGAAACAAAUUUGUUGCAUAAACACGAUGGUGCUGCACCUACAAUGAUAAAUGGAUCGUCAAAAGGAGAGAUCAUUUAUGAAAUUACUAACACCAACACGAUCGUUCCCAAGCGUAAAAUUGAUGUGAUCGAGACGGAGGAAUUGACACCAAAGGCAAAAGUACACAAACAAAGUGCUUCAGAAGAGACCGUUUUACCGGCAAGUGCUACUAAAAAGCCUGAGGUUUAUGAAAUCGUGUUAGAAACAGAUCGAGCGCGCAGUCUUGGCCAGUUCGUUACAGCACAGAUUGCAAUGAUCAAGGACGAUUAUCUGUUUUACUCGACACAGAUGGAAGUGCUGAGUGCCAUCAACAAAUCGCAGCUGAAACAGUUGCAAAUGGAUAAGGAAAAUAAUUAGCAAUUACUCGAGUUUGUACAUGAUGAAAUAUUGAUUUUAAUGAAUAUGUUUUAAUUGUUUAGCUUAUUAAACGAACAGAAUUAUCCCUGAAUAUCUCGCUUGUGAAUUU